AUCUGUUGAGGAAAAUAAUAAGAAGCAAAAUACCAUAUAAAUAAAACCUCUGAUGUUCAAAUAUCGAGUAGUAGUUGAUUCUUUUUACGUAUUUAGUUUGAAUUUCAAAAGAGGACUUCUGAAUCCUGACAUGAUAUUAAAAAAAAAAUUCUGAUCGAAAAUAAUGUUUAAUAGACAAUGUGAGAAAAUUUUAAUAAAAUAACCUAGCUAAAAAUAUGUUGCUUACCUCGAUUAAAAUUCUUGAACUAGGGUUAAACUCGCCCUACGAGCGGGUUAACAAUUUAAAAAACAGCUAAAAAUAUUUCAAAUUUUAGUAUAUAUUUGAAUAUAGAUUUUUAUAUAUAAAUGUUUUGUAAUUUUUUGCAUUAAUUUUUAAUGCUGCAAAAAUUAUCAUAAUUAGAUAUUAUGUUUUACAUUGUGGAAAGAGAUACAAAUGAGUAUUUGAUUGUGAUAUAUCAUUUACUCAUUAUUCACCUUUCAAAACUGAAAAGUGAUUUUGUUUUGUACCUUUAGUCUCUAAAUAAAACAUGAACCAAAUGAUUAUUAAAAAUAUAAUUAAACUAAGUGAGGGUUUAUAAAUCUAAGUUUUAUUAAUAAUUAAAUUUGAUUUCUAAAUUAUCAAUAUGUAAUGAAUUUACAGAAUGUUUGUGUUUGUGAUAUAUAAUUGUAAUCUACUUUGUUUAUAUUUAAAAUCACAGAUUUGAAAGUGUUAUUGUAACUAUCAUAAUUACCAUAGUCUAGGAAUGAAAGGAUAAACUUAACGGAACAACAGUUCAUUAGAGCUUAAUAGAGAAAAAAACAUUAUACUCAUGUUUUACUAAUAAAUUUUAUUGGAUAAAUUUUCAAAUGUGAUAAAUUUCUUAAUUUGACAAAACACGAGAAAAAAAAAACAAAGAAGAUGACUUUCAAACUCCGGAUAGCAGCAAAAGCAAAAGGAAAGAAUGUGAAGGAAGUUCUCAACCAUCCAAAGUGACUUCUCAAUCAUCCAAAAUGAAGUGGCUCCUCCUAACAAGAUCAGAAUUAUGGGAUCAUUACACAAGAACUAAGGAGGACAGAGACAUGUGUUUAUACAACUAUUGCCAGAAGGAAUACUCUUUUCUCACCACAUCAGGGACCACAAACCUGAAGAAGCAUCUUGAAAUCUGCAAAAACCAUCAAAUGCGGUUAACUAGCAAAAAAGAGAAACAAAAAGGUAUUGGUGAUGAUGGGAAGCUCAAGACGUGUAAGCUUUCUGAAACUGUUUUUAGAGAAGCCACAAAUGAGAUGAUUCUGUUGAGACAAUUGCCUUUAGCGUUUGUUGAUAGUGUGGCAUGUAAGCAUUUUUGUAAAAAGGCAAUGCUGUACACUCUCCUCAUUCAAGAAGGACCUCAUCUAAAGACAUCGUAAAGAUGUAUGUGGAGAAGAAAGAGGCAUUGAAGAGAUGGUUCUUAUGGAAUAAGCAACGUGUGUCCAUC